AUGAACAGUCUCCGUACAAAAGUAUUUUAUUUUUCCCUUCUUUCUGAAUUAAGGUUAGGGUUUUACAAUACCACUAUCAGUGAUAGCUUCUAUCAGUCAUUUAGAACUAUUUUUACUGUUACUUCAUUUGUUCCAACUGAACAAGAAUUGCAAUCCAACUAUUAUGCCUAUUUUGCAGAGCUGGAAACCAGGGAGAUGGAUAUUGAAAAAGAAAAAGAAGGAAGAAGGAAAACAAAUGUCAUCGGGAGAAGAAUUGCAUCAUUACAAGAGGCAAUUGAAGAAUUAAAAAGGGGACAAGAAGAUAUUAAGAAGGACAUCAAUGAAAAGCACAAGGAGAUUCUUGAUAUAUUAGGCCACAUAAAAGAAUCUAUCAGUGAUAAACUUCCACAAAAAGAAAAGCAAUCUCAAGAAUCUCUUGAGAAGAACAAAGCGCCAUCAUCUAGUUUGGAGCUUUUAGAUGCAAGUUUGGAAGUUCUAGAGGCUGAAGUUGACACUAAUAAGGACAAGGAGGCUCAAGAUGAUCAAGAGAAUGACCAGCAAGAACAGUUGCAUGAUGAUCCUGAAGAUGAAGAGGAAGAUCAAGAAGAAAAAGAUAAAGAAGAUAUGAGGAAAAAGAAUGUGAUUGAAAAGACUCUUAAAAAGAGUCCAAAAAAAUAUCGACCAAAGGUUGUCAUCGGAAAUAUAGAGGACAACAAGAGACCAAAACGACAAGCAAAACCAACCAAGAAAAUUUUGGAGAAUGCAAAGAAACAAAAGAAAGACAAAAAGAAGGUCUCUACAAAUGUGUCUACCAAGGUGUCUCCAAGCAAAGCUACAAGGCAGUCUCCAAGCUGGAAUGACAACGCUCCAAGCUUUGAUCUCAAAAUAUCACAACUUUGA